AGGGAUAAAUAUUUUAUAGGGAGUAUAAACUCCCUAUAAUAAUUAAAUAUAUUAUUGUAUAUCUUAUUUAUAAUAUAGAUAUUCAUUAUAUAUUAUUAUACGAAUCUGAUUUUAUAUAAUAAGAAAUAAAUUUAUUAAUAAAUAUAAACAUUUAAAGAAAAUAAAAUUAAAAUCAAGAAAAAAGACACGUAAAAACAUUUACACAUUUUUUAUAUUUCCUAAAUAUUUCAAUUUAAACAUGGGAAAAUGAUUUGAAAUAAUAAAUAAUUGUUCAUAAAUUUUAACAAUUAAUAAAAAAUGACUGACGAACGAAAUUUUCGUUCAUCUUAUUAUGAAAAGGUAGGAUUUCGUAGCGUUGAAGAAAAAAGAUCUUUGGAAAUAUUACUUAAAGAACGUCCUUUUGAUAAAGCAAAACUGAAACAGUUCUGCUUACGAUUUACAGUUCCUGCUAUAUAUAGAAAUUUUCUUUGGAAAGUAUUACUGGAUAUAAUACCAGUUUAUAUAGAAAGUCACGAAUUUAUAAUAAAUCAAAGAAAAGCAGAAUUUCAGGAUCUACAAAAAGCUUUAAAAAUUGCAAAGAUUUUAGAUGAUUAUACAAAACCUCAUUUAAUGUUUCUCACUAUGUGGUUAUUACGUACUAGAAGAGCAAAACUUGAUAUGAAUACUCAAUUAGAAUUUCCUCUACAUAGAGCAAUGAGCAGAAUGGCUGAAACACUAUGGCACAUUGUUGACAUAGAUUCAUAUGAAGAAAAGCUUGUAGAUACAUAUUGGAUUUUAUGUGGAUUUUUAGAUCAAGUACAAAGAUUUCAUAAAGAAAUUAAUAGAUUACAAGAAUGUACUUGUACUUUAUUAGAAAGAGAAGAUCCAGAAUUAUACAAGCAUCUUGUUAAAAUAGAAGCACUUUAUAAUAUUCCAUAUGACAUUUGGUUUUCUUCAUGUUUUGCAGGAACAAUAUCCAAUGGUUCUAUUGCAAAAAUAUGGGAUAAAAUAGCUGUAGGUGCAUAUAGAAUUUUAAUCUUUGUUACUGUAGUUAUUUUAACAACUCUAAGAAGACUUCUAAUGAGAUGUGAAAAUAUUGAUAGUAUUUUAAAUAUAAUUGCUAAUAUAACAGAAGAAACUUCUGAAGUAAUUGUUAACAAAGCAAUUGAAUCUUGGCAACAAAGUGGUUCAAUAUUAACAACUAUUUCAUAAAGAAUAUUUGAAAAUAUUCUUAUAAGCAAAAUUAUAGUAAAAUAUAAUCAUAUUAUAAAAUAAUUAUAUGAAUAUUAAAUUUAAUUAUUUUCAAAUGAAUAUAAGUAUUUAUAGAACACGUUUUCUUAUAUUUUAAAAAUAAUUAUUUUUAUUAAUGCAUCCAUCAUACAUUGUACAUAUACAAUUAUUGAGGUGUUAUUAAGUCUUAAACUGGACUUUAUUUUAUAUUAUUAUUCUUUCGUUUCUUUUGCAAUGUUAUAUUACAAUAAUGUUAAUGUAUUCCAGUGUGUAAGAGCAAAUUUUAAUAAAUAUCUUUCAAAUCAA